UUCUCUGUAUUUCACCGAUUUUAUGCAACUGGCACACUCUUGCUGCCCGUCGUCAAUCUCUGACGGUCUGCCACCCUUCAAGCAGUUGUUUGCCAUGCCGCUCUUCAACAAGAAGUUCGAGUCGAAGCCGAUUCCAGUGCGUCAGGGACGUUGCAAUAUAGGACAUCCGGUGGCCACCGAGGAUUUGGAUGACUUCCGCCAGAUUUCCCUGACGCUAGGCAACAAGGAGCUGCGGUUUGCGGACGGCAUCUGGAUGCAUUCGACCCGAAAGGGCGACGUGGAUGACAUGCUCCGGCUGAACAAGAAGUUUCGUGCCCUCGAGGAGGAGAACAAUAUGAAUAAUCUCAAGAUCGAGGUGAUGCUGGAUCUGCUGGCGGAGCAUGCGACGGAACUAAGUGAGCUGAAGCCGAAGGAAAAGUGAUAAAAAGCUGUUUAAAAUAAACGGAAUACUUAAAACA